GAAGCGGUAAAGUCAGAACAGCAACGGGUCAUACAAAAGCUCCGAUCAGGCAGCGGCGCCUGCUGCUAAGCCUGCCAGGGGCAAGGCAACGAACCAACCAGAGGGGUACCCUGAGGGGUAAUGUAAAUCCACCCCCUUGGCUGUUGGUUGUCCUGGUGAAGCCCCCCUGCUACCGCCGUGGGUGCCACGACUGACCAAGAGCAACCCAAGCGAACCGAAUCGGGUCGAAGCAAAGCGCAGAGCCAGGAGGCCAGGAGUUGGGGGUUGCCUGGCAACCUUAUUCAAUGAAUUGUGCUGGCCUGGCCCAAACAAAGGCGUCGCAAGAGGAAGCAGCAACGGCAGCAGCUGGCGAGGGAAAACCACAACAAAUGACACUGAGGAGGACAAUGCAAAUUGAAUCGAAGGCAGCAGCAGCAGCAGCAGCAGCAGCACAGGUCAAGUCGUGGUCAGCGUCACGCGUUGCCAGCAUAUAGCACCAGGAAUGUCCUUCAAGGAUGUGCGCGAUCUCGGGGAGCAGCUGAAGCUGCUGGGCUUUCCGCGUGUCUUUCCGCUGCAAUCGCUGGCCAAUCAGCAUGGCAGCCUCGCCAGCUUCCACAUCGUCUCGGAGCUGCUGCAGUGGCUGGCUGGGCUCAUGGAGCCCGGCACGGUGCUCUCCGGCGGCGUGGAGACGGAGGAGCAGCGUGUGCUGCUCGUGCGCUCUGCCACGGAGUUCUUUGUGACGAAAUCGGCCAUCAGGCUGAAUCCCCGCAAGUUGUACGCCGCCGCCGCAGUCACCGCCAGCGAGCUGCAGAAGAUUACGCGACUGCUGAUUGCACCCAGCCAGACGGAGGCGGAGCGCGAGGAGGAGGAGCGCGACCCGUACCGCAGCCUCAACCAGGUGGACAUUGGCGACAAGAUGGAGGAGCUGCGACGCGCCCGCGAGCUCUCCGCGGAUCUCACGCAGCGCGGCGCCGCCCUCUACGAGCUGCUGUCCAAGGAGCUGCUGCAGAAGGAGUCGCGCCAGACGCAGGCCCAGCGGCCCAUGGAGCUGCUCGGCGUGGAGCGCACCCUCAAGAAUGCCAUCCAGGCCAGCCAGCUGAAGCUGCAGUCCAGCCGGGCCCAGCUGGAGGCUGGCCGCGUCGAGCUGAACGCCCUCAGCUCCAAGUUGCAGCGGAAGCGGGCCGAGCUGGAGCGGACCAAGCAGCGGCUGGAGGCGCUCCAGAAGAUCCGACCCGCCCACAUGGCCGAGUUCGAGGAGUGCGAGAAGGAGCUGCAGGCGCUCUUUCAGCGCUACUUUCUCCGCCUGCAUGUCCGCGACGCCCUGCGCUCCCACCUGGAGGCGCGCACCAAGCGGGCCACGCCCAUUGCCUCGCCCAUCCUGCAGAAGCCAGCGGAGAAUUCGAUGCCCUUCAUACCGGAGGGACUCAUCGAGGACGAUGACGACGACGAUGACGAGGACGACGAUCUCGAUGGCGAUGAUGAUGAGGAUGUGGGCGGGGGCGGGGGCGGGAGCGGGGUCGGGGUUGGCGCCGGUGUGGAGAUGGUCGUCAAUGGCAGAAGCUUAUUUGGGCUGGACGCCGAGAUACCCGACAUACGCGACGAGGAUCAGCUGCUGCGGCAGGAGAAGCGACCCGGAACGGCCACCUCACGCCUCAGACCCACCACGGGACGCAGUCGCAAGGGCACAGGAACGGGCGCCAGAGCUGGCACAGGAGCGGGAGCAGGAGCAGGAGCAGGAGCAGCGCCAUCCAGGGCCGCACACAACGGACGCAGUGUGCCCGGGAAUAGCAUGCUCAACUCGCGGGAGGACGACAGCAGCUUCGGCAGCUCCGACAGCGAGCUGGAUGUGGGCGAGAUCAUGGGCAUGAGUGGCAUGGGCGCUGCCACAGGCGCCGCCAUGGGCGCUGCCGACGAUGAUUUUGAUCUGAACUCGAUCGAUGACAUCAGCAUCUCGAAGCUGACGGGCGAACUGCCGCUGCGUCCGAAGACGGCCAACAAGGCGGAGCAUCACAGCGAUGAGGAUUUCUAGAGACCAUUAAGCCAUUAAGCGCGGGUGCUAUUUUUCUACCAUUUGUAUAGGGAUUAUGCCUGCCUGUGUAUA